CGAGCCAAAUGAUCCUGCUCACUGAAAAAAGAGCCGGAAUUCCCAUCACUGGUGUGGGCGUUUACAUAUUGUGCGUGAAGGCAUCAGUUGGUCACGGUUUGUUGCUCUCUGACGGUCAGUGACAGCUAACAGCAGCUAACAGCGGAGAACAGAGGAGAAGAAGCAGCUCACCAACAUGAGGGCCAACAGUUUGAACCGAAUUGUAGUCAUUACCAUAUGUACGGUGGUGUUCAUUGCAGUUUUAAUUGUCAACGCUUUGGCUGGAGCGGGAAAGGGUCCUUUCCACUCCUCCACAGGGAAUGUCUCCGCCCUCUAUGAGACGGACAUCACCCCCGCUGGCUGGACCUUCUCCAUCUGGGGCGUCAUCUACACCUGGCUCACCCUCCUGGUCAUAUACACCACUUCAUAUGUCUUCAGAGGAUCCUGGGCUCAGAGCCUGCUGCCCUACACCUUCUAUUUCUGCUGGAUGGCUAACUUGGUGCUGAACAUGAUCUGGCUGCUGCUGUGGGACAGAGAGUUGAUGCUGGCGGCUCUGGUUGUAUUGAUCCUGAUGGUGAUCACCAGCUGCACCGCUCUGUUCUGCUGCUGCUUCGCCACAGAUUACUACGGGCUGUGGUUACAGGCGUACCAUCGCAAAGACCUGUUCUGCCUCAGGGUCCUGGUCCAGAAUGGUUUGGCUCUCUACACCACAUGGACUUCCAUUGCGUCUCUGAUCAACUUCUCAUUGGUUCUCCAACUGUGGGGCGUGGCCAAGAGCACCGCAGCGACAGCGUCUCUCUGCAUCCUGUUUGCAGAGGUGGUGGCAUGGUUCCUGAUGGAGAACUGGCUGCUGGACCGCUGGGUGCGUAACAUCCUGACGGUUUACCCGGUGGUGAUCUUGGCUCUGGUCGGAAACGUCUUCAAACAUUUUAACCCCGAUGAUCCCACUCCAAACUCUGUGUUCAUGGUGGUUCUGCUGGUGUUGGCCUGUGUGCUGCUGAUCUCCCGCCUCAUCACCGUCAUCUGGAGGAACAUGUGGCGGCCCCUCCACUCCCCCGGCUCGGCCCGGCUCAUGGUGUCCCCCCUCGAUGGCGGAGCGUUCAAGAUCUUAACCUAAUCACCAGGAAGCUGUGCAGCAGCUCCUGUGGCCCUACUGCCUCUAAACUCUACAGGACUCUCUCCUGUGGCCCUGCUGCCUCUAAACUCUACAGGACUCUCCUGUGGCCCUGCUGCCUCUAAACUCUACAGGACUCUCUAAACUCUACAGGACUCUCUCCUGUGGCCCUACUGCCUCUAAACUCUACAGGACUCUCCUGUGGCCCUGCUGCCUCUAAACUCUACAGGACUCUCUAAACUCUACAGGACUCUCUCCUGUGGCCCUACUGCCUCUAAACUCUACAGGACUCUCCUGUGGCCCUGCUGCCUCUAAACUCUACAGGACUCUCUAAACUCUACAGGACUCUCCUGUGGCCCUACUGCCUCUAAACUCUACAGGACUCUCUAAACUCUACAGGACUCUCUAAACUCUAUCUACAGGACUCUCUAAACUCUACAGGACUCUCUCCUGUGGCCCUGAAAAGCUCCACAAGGGUCUGCACUCAUGAAGGAGUGUAGCUAGUGAUGGGGGUGCAUACACAACAUGGAUAAGCACUUCUGUAAAAGAGAAAGCACUAUGAGUCUUUUCCUCUUCUCUCUAACUGCAAUUCAGACAAUACUGCACUAUCUUAUAAAUACUAAUUCCCUAUUACGUCUGUUUACCACUACUUGCCAUCAACACUGUCUAUAUGAAGUACUUUUCAUUCAAAUGCAUGUGGUUUGAAUAUGUUUUAUAUUGCUAUUUUGAAGCAGUUUUAUGGUUGCACGAAUGGAUCAUUUUUUUGUAUCCAUUCAGUGACAAUAUAUUCUGUCUAUAUAUGCUGGCUUUCAUACAGUAACAUUUGAACUUGUUUAAAGUGUUGUUGAGUUCCUACCUAUUUGCCAAUUAAAGCUGCCAUUUUCCAAUCUUA